AUGAAGCUCCUGCCGGAAAAGUGUGCCAUCUUGGUGUCUUUGUGUGCCACCUUGGCCCGAGGCUUCCAAGUUCAGACUUCAUCCGGGUACAUAAAGGGCCAUGCUUCAACAGAGCACAGUGACGUUGACGAGUUCCUCGGAAUUCCCUUUGGCAAGGCUCCCAUCGGAUCACUCCGCUUCCAACCUCCUGUCAAAUACGAGAGCCAAGACGAGUUCGUCGCCAAUCGAUACGGAUACACGUGUGUUCAAUCUCCCGCGACUGUCAAUGCCUCUCAGCCCGAGAACUGGCAAAACAUUGCCCGUAGUCAGCAAGAGUACACCAAUUACACGAGUGAAGACUGCCUGAAUCUCAAUGUCUGGUCCAAACGGAAGCGGCCAGGGACUUGCUCGAAGAAAUUGAAACCAGUCUUGAUGUACUUUUACGGUGGCGGCUUUCACAGUGGUUCUGGCAACGAUCCGAGCUAUAAUGGAGCCAUCUUUGCCCAACAACAAGAUGUCGUCUUUGUUACAUUCAACUACCGUCUUGGUAUCUUUGGCUUCUCUGGCGCUCCUGGCCUUACCCAAAAUGUCGCUCUCCUUGAUCAGCGUCUUGCCGUUGAAUGGGUUCGGGACAACAUCCGGGGUUUCGGUGGUGAUCCCAACAGGAUCUCCAUCUUUGGCCACCGUGCUGGCGGCGCAAGUGUCGACUUCUACGAUUUCGCCUUCUAUCAAGAUCCUAUCAUCGCCGGUGUCGUACCCAUGUCUGGUUCGGUCAAUGCUUUUGGCCGUCGGUUUGAAAAUACUUCCCAAGCUGGGUGGACUGAGACAGCCAAGUUGCUCAACUGUAGCAUCACCAGUGACGCCGAGACCGCGACUUGUAUGCAAAAUGCCGACGCGCAGACCUUGCUCAGCGCUUCUCUAAAGGCCAGCAAAGUCGUCAGUUCUCAACUUGAUACGGCUGCUCAGCUGUACGCCGGUAUCACCAGCUUGUUUGGUCCAACCAUCGACAACAAAACAGUAUUUGCCAAUUACACCGAUAGAGUGAAUGCCGGUCAACUGAGCAGGGUUCCGGCUAUUCUUGGAUUCAAUAAUGAUGAAGCUUGUUUCUUUACCGAGUCCGGCAGACUCCCGAAUAAGCCCGAAGUUGUUCUGGGUGUCAAUGAAGCUGUCUUUGCUUGCCCACUCCAGUGGGGCGCCACUUGGAGGGCCAACGCUGGCGUUCCUACCUGGAAGUAUCUUUAUGAAGGCGCUUACCCCAACCUCUACGCUCCCGCUUGUCCUGGUAAGCCAUGGCAUGGACAAGAACUCUACGUAAUCUUCAAUUCGUCCGAACUCGCUACCGGGUAUGCCGCCACUCCAGCCGAACUGGCCGGCGGCGAGUACUGGAGAAAUGCAUUGGCUACCUUCGCCAGUAACACGAGCAAGGGUCUCACCACCAACUCAUCACAGAUUCAGUGGCCAGAGUUUGGGGACAGCAAAGGACAGGCAGCGGUCACUCUUGGUGGCAACUCUACCUUUGAAGAGGUGGCUCCUGAUCUGGAGUGGACUGUUCCUUGCUACACGCCACGUUUGCGAUACGGAGCACCCAACUUCUAG